UGCUGUAGUCCGGUGUCGCGACGCGCGGCUCGCUUUGCGGCGGUGCUGUAGUCCGGUGUCGCGACGCGCGGCUCGCUUUGCGGCGGUGCUGUAGUCCGGUGUCGCGACGCGCGGCUCGCUUUGCGGCGGUGCUGUAGUCCGGUGUCGCGACGCGCGGCUCGCUUUGCGGCGGUGCUGUAGUCCGGUGUCGCGACGCGCGGCUCGCUUUGCGGCGGUGCUGUAGUCCGGUGUCGCGACGCGCGGCUCGCUUUGCGGCGGUGCUGUAGUCCGGUGUCGCGACGCGCCGCUCGCUUUGCGGCGGUGCUGUAGUCCGGUGUCGCGAUGCGCGGCUCGCUUUGCGGCGCUGCUGUAGUCCGGUGUCACGACGUGGCUGUUCGCUUUGCGGCGGUGCUGUAGUCCGGUGUCGCGACGCGCGGCUCGCUUUGCGGCGGUGCUGUAGUCCGGUGUCGCGACGCGCGGCUCGCUUGGCGGCGGCCAUGGCGGCACACUUCAGCGGGGUGCUGCAGCUGACGGAGCUGGACGAUUUCAUCGCCCCCUCGCAGGAAUGCAUCAAGCCUGUCAAAGUGGACAAAAAGCCUGGAAAAGCAGCAGCCAAGAUCAGAAUUGAAGCUGAUGGAAGCUAUUUCCAGGUCAAUCAGGAUGGGGAAGCCCAGAAGCUGGAGAAGGCCAAAAUCACCCUGAAUGAUUGCCUGGCCUGCAGUGGCUGCAUCACCUCAGCUGAGAGUGUGCUGGUGAGCCAGCAGAGCCACGGGGAGCUCUGCAAGGUGCUGGCUCUCAACAAGGCUGCUGCUGCCCACGAGCAGAAGCUGGUGGUGGUUUCUGUGUCCCCCCAAUCCAGAGCCUCCCUGGCUGCAAGGUGCAAGCUGGGGCUGCUGGAGACAGCCCAGAAGCUGACCUCCUUCCUCAAGGGUUUAGGUGUGCACCACGUGUUUGACACAACCUUCUCCAGGACCUUCAGCCUCCUGGAGAGCCAGCAGGAGUUUGUGAGGCGCUUCCACAGACAAGCAGAGGACAAAAAGGCCCUGCCCAUGCUGGCCUCUGCCUGCCCAGGCUGGAUCUGCUACGCAGAGAAAACCCACGGCAGCUUCAUCAUUCCCCACAUCAGCACCACCAAGUCCCCCCAGCAGGUGAUGGGCUCCCUGGUCAAGGGCUACUUUGCAGAGCAGCAGCACCUGCCCCCUGACAGGAUCUACCACGUCACUGUCAUGCCCUGCUAUGACAAAAAGCUGGAGGCCUCCAGGCCAGACUUCUUCAACCAGGAAUACCAGACCAGGGAUGUGGAUUGUGUCAUCACCACAGGAGAAGUGCUGAAGCUGCUGGAGCAGGAAGGAGUGUCCCUGUCAGAUGUAGAUCCUGCUCCCCUGGACACCAUGCUCGGCGGGGCCGAGCAGGAGCUGCGCUCGCACCGCGGCGGGGGCUCGGGCGGCUUCCUGGAGCACAUCUUCAGCCACGCUGCCCGGGAGCUCUUCGGCAUCCACGGCGCCUCCAUCCACUACAGACCUCUCAAGAACAAGGACUUCCAGGAGGUGACCCUGGAGAGGGAUGGGCAGGUCCUGCUCCACUUUGCCCUGGCCUAUGGAUUCAGGAACAUCCAGAACCUGGUGCAGAAGCUGAAGAGAGGGAAGUGCCCCUAUCACUACGUGGAGGUCAUGGCCUGUCCCUCAGGCUGUCUGAAUGGAGGAGGGCAGAUCAAACUGGAGGGGGAAUCCAGCAAGGAGGAGCUGCAGCAGGUGGAGAGGUUGUAUGAAUCCCUGAGGGCUGAGAUGCCAGAGGAGAACCAGGCUGUGAGGGAGCUCUACGAGCACUGGCUGGGGGGCUGGGGCUCAGAGAGGGCUCUGCAGGUGCUGCACACUCAGUACCACGCCGUGGAGAGAGCCAGCUCUGCCCUCAGCAUCAAGUGGUGAGGGCUGCCCAGCCCAGGGAGCCUCAGUGCCUUCUGAACUCACACUGCUGCUCCUCCAGGGACCCUGUGCAACUCCUGCCUCUGGGAAAGUGCCUGGCACUGCUGCAGGGUGAGGUGAUGGCAACAGGCCCCAGGGUCUGACAGGGACACAGCAGGAGAUGGGACAGCCCCAGUCCUGCCAGAGCUGAGGAGCUCAAGGAUUCAGGGCUCAGCUCCAGGCUGAGCUUUGUGCCUCACCCCAGUGUUCCCCCCCAGGCCCUGCUGGGUUGUCACAGCACUCAGUUCUGUGCCUGCCUCACCCCAUUGGAGAUGGUCUCUGAGGCCUGGAGCUCUCCCCUCUCACUGCCCUGCAGGGUCUGUGCCCCCAGAGAGGGGAUCCAAAGCCUGGCAUCAUCCCUGGGGCUGCAGAGGAACUGGAGUGAAUGCUGGACAAGCCCCUGUGAUUCCUUUUCCUUAAAUUAUAAUAAUUUAUACCCAGGGCAGUUCCUUCUCUGUGUUUUCUUCCUAAGCACUCAGCAGGGAGUGACAGAAUUGUCACACUUGCCCACCCUCAGCAGCCACUUCCUGAGGGGUAAUAUCCCUAAAUCCAGACAAACUUACUGCUGGAUAACACCCUGAAAUUACCACAGAAUAAUUCCUGACCUUGGGGCUGGCAGGAGCCAGAGCCUCCUCUGCACUUUGUUCCAAUGAAUCCACAGAGCAAAUGCUGAAUUUUCAUGUUUUUAAUUAAAAGCUUUUUAUUUUUCA